AUGCCUCAAAAACCAAACAGACUAGCGAUGCACACAAAGAGAAGAACACAUUGGCUGCCCGUGAUCCAGAGCCCCGACGCCACAAAGGGAAAACACCCACCAUGGCGCUGUCAGUGGGAAAGAGGCACGGUGAGGUCAAACAUUCAGUCAAACCAUGUCGAGAGGGAGCAUGUUCGUAUGAGCAGUCACUCCGAGUGCUUCCCCAGCCUGCAUGCGAGCUUCUCAAUGGUUGCCCGAAAUGGCCAUGUGGGUGAGGUCGGAUCUUCUUCUACGUACAAGGAUCUUGGAGCUAGGCUGCGUUCAGGCAAGGUGGACUCGCUCUUUUCUCUUUUGAUUUGGAUCUUCAAAUCUCACCACCAUCGCCAUCGUCCUCGUCAUCACGCUUCAUAUUACCAGGAAUCGGAAACCACUGUCGGCGGCCAGCCCUGCCAUCACCCGUCCGCGCGCACCGCGUUUAAUGUACUGUCUCAGCCCUACUGGUGGUUCCCUUCGGAUACCGUCCGUGGGCCCGUGGCGCUCUCUCUGCUCCGCCUCUAGGUAUAACCGUUACGGAUCCUCAGUCAGCAAUAAUAGGCAUCUCACUUAGCAGAAUUACUACUACUUCUCAGGUCACACGCCAGCCGGCCCUAUUUGGACAAAGAAGGCCUGCCCAAUCAAUCUCUGGUCUGAUCCAUUCCCAUCUCAUUGUUAUCCUUGUACUGGUCCGGAAAGUUGUUUAACGAUCGGAAACGGCUCCUUCAGGCCAUCCUUCCCUCCU